AGAGUGUUUAGUAUGCAGUAUUACACUGCUGCCCUCCUACACCUCUGUGUAUGAGAUCUAGCGAGACAAGCUGGCCAGUCAUAAUAGACGUAAGACACCAGCUACUCACAUCAUAUGGCCAUACAGCACCACCUAGAAACACACGGGGGAUCAAGACAUCUGUGGACAUCUGACUGAAAAUAAAGAGGAGGGAUUCUAAGGAGAGGACCCAUCUCAACAACCCACAAUCACUGGACAGCGUACCUAAUGACGGGACUCUCAGCAAUCUUCUGAGUGAGAAGGAGAAGAACAAAAACGGGACUGAUUUCUGCCAUUUUUUUUUUUUAGUGUGUCCUUGAAGUUCUUCAUGGCAUCAACAGGUCUUCAGGUGAUGGGCUUGGUGUUGGCGGUGUUGGGCUGGGUGUUUGGGGCUCUGGUGUGCGCAGCUCCUCUAUGGCGCGUGUCGGCCUUCGUGGGCGGAGAGCUGGUGAUCGCCCAGAUGGUGUGGGAGGGACUGUGGAUGAACUGUUUGUCUCAGACAACAGGCCAGAUCCAGUGCAAGACCUAUGACUCCACCCUGGCCCUACCCACGUCUGCGCAAGCGGCGCGGUGCCUCACGGUUCUCUCCCUGCUUCUCUGCCUGCUGGCGCUCACACUCGGGGUGACGGGGGCCAAGUGUACCCACUGCAUGGAUGGAGGCAGCCAGACUUCCAAAGCUCGGCUGUCUAGGUUAGCGGGGGUGCUCUUCGCCAUAGCUGGCCUUGCCUACUUGUUACCCAUCUGUUGGACCGCCUACGCAAUUAUUAGGGACUUCUAUGAUCCAAAUAUUGCAGCGCCCUUAAAGAGAGAGCUGGGGCCUGCGCUGUACCUGGGCUGGGGAGCCAGCGUGCUGCUCCUUGUGGGGGGGGUUCUGUUGCACAUCGGCUCCUCUGCCCCGGGAGCAAGACCGCUGCCCGUUAUUGGAAGGCCAGCGAAGGAUAGCUCACAAACAGUGGCAGCUGCAGGAGAGGUGAAGCAGCAAGAAAAAUCUUUCGUAUGAGAUGACUGUAUCGGACAUGUGAGCUGUGACCAGAGAGGUCACAAACUUGUCACGACAAGCUUUUGGAAACUGCACGGUCACAAUCUGUAGAAGAUAGUCACUCGGCGAAGUGUGUUUCAUGUCAUGGGAAAGCCAAGUUUGUGUUUUGAAUUUAUAUUGCAGAUUUCCACUAAAAUCCCAUUCAUUUAAGGGCUGUUUGUCAGAGUAGGAGUUGAAAUGAGCUGUGGGAGGAUUUCAGAUGUUUAGAUGUUUACUAAUGCAUGUGACUUACAUUCCUCAGAUUCCACUCUGCCUCUGCUUGUGUUUGUGUGUGUGUGUGUGGGUGGUUUGUGUACAGAAGGCCAGUGUACAUCGUAUAUCUGUGUACGCUGUGUGUUGUCACUGAAAACAUGCGUGGGCAGGUGGAGCGUUGGUUGUUUGUGUGCUUUUUGUACCCUUUUUUUUUGUCAUUAAUGCUUUUAUUCUUAACUAUUCAUUCAACUUUGUAUCUUGCUGUGCCUCUGUGAUGUAUUGUAUUGAGCUCUGGAGGUGUGAAAUAAUUACUCAUUUAAAUUUUCAGUUUUACUAGUAGAAGCAGCAGAGCAGGGUUGGAGUACAUAAUAGCAGGUUUUAUAAUGUUUCAUCUCGCUAAUAAUGUCAUUAUGGAGUUAUUCAUAAGUGUGACAGUUUUUCCUUUACUUUUGUUAUCAAUGGUUUUCUAUGAUGUACAGUAUAAUCGCUCUUGCACAAUAAAAACAUGUGUUGCUUUCAC